CCCCCCCCCCCCCUUCAAUUCCUGCGCAGACGGCUGCGUUUCUGUUGUCAUUCAUUGGUAUUGGGCUUUUGCGAAGGGGAGCAGCAGAUAACCCAAAUAGUUUCGCGUUUUUAGGAGAAGGCGAGCCUACAAUCCCUGCUUUAGCUAAGAUGGCGUUGUUUUCCGCAGGUAGACUGAGCACGAUCCCCUGCUGAAUUAAUGUGCGGUAGCUUUGUGAAUGACUCCAGAUGUGAUUCCAGGGGAUAAAAAAGGAGCGUGAAUAAGCAGGAAGGAUGAUUUCGCGUUGAUGCAUUUCACGGAGACACUACAUGCAUGUGAUCUCGUUUCUGCUCAUUUAACCAGGUGACGAUCGUGCAUUCGAAUAGGCGCUGGACGCUGACAGCAGGCCGCCGUCCGGCACGUUUAAUCGCGGAUAAAUGCCACUAUUCCCAGCGCCGAGCAGAACCUUAUGGAAGCUCAGCGGGCCGGACUUCACUCGGCCAUCCGCUUGGUAACUCCGAUUUCGGGCGCAGCGGCUGCUGCUUUUGCCCCCCGAAACGGAAACAUGGGGCGACAGAGUUACAAGCCAGGGAUGUGAUUUCCGGAGGGAACCGUGACUUUUUUUUUACCUUUUCUGCAUGUAAAUGGAGCUUUGGAUUCUGUAUAGUCACACCGAAGGACGUAACUAUAUGUGGCGAUAAAAUGGAAGGGUGACCCCCCUUCCCAGGCAAGUUCUCCCAGUGGAGGGGGCGACACUGAUGGACUGAUAAACAUAAACAGUACAUUCACCCAGAUACCCAUCUGCUACCCGAUUACUGAAGCCGGGGGGGUAAAGGUACCCGUCCCCAGACCUGCAGACCCGGUGGCGAUCGGCGAGUAUACGUGCGGCUCGGAGGCUCCCGCCGGCGCUUUGGGAUGGAUAAACUGACCAUUAUAUCAGGAUGCCUUUUUCUGGCGGCUGAUAUUUUUGCGAUUGCCAGUAUUGCGAACCCAGAUUGGAUCAACACGGGGGAGUCGGCGGGUGCCCUGACGGUGGGACUGGUUCGUCAGUGCCAGACCAUCCAUGGCCGUGACCGCACCUGCAUUCCCCCCCGGCUGCCCCCCGAGUGGGUCACCACGCUCUUCUUCAUCGUCAUGGGCAUCGUUUCGCUAACUGUCACCUGUGGCCUGUUGGUUGCGUCGCAUUGGCACCGGGAGGCCACCAAGUACGCCCGCUGGAUCGCUUUCACAGGAAUGGUGCUCUUCUGCAUGGCGGCCCUGAUCUUCCCCAUCGGAUUCUACAUCAGCGAGGUGGGGGGGCAGCCCUACAAGCUGCCGAACAACACGGUGGUGGGCUCCUCGUACGUCCUCUUUGUGCUCUCCAUCUUCUUCACCAUCGUGGGACUGCUCUUCGCUGGAAAGUGUGCCUGCCUGGCUGACUGUGUCUCUCUGCCGUUUGGCACCGGAGAGAGAUCGAAUCCGACUGGAGCACGGGUGUCGAUUGGGGGGGCGGGGGUGGGGUGGGGGGUUUGCUGGGCACCCAGAAAUAACAAAUUAGCGAGCCAAAUGCGGAUGAAGGACAUCUGGCUAUAA